UUCAAUUAGGUUACACCAGAUAAUGACAUUUAUUUCCGCUUUUGUUUUUAACCUAAUGUCCUGAGGUUCUUGGAAGCCUCAGCGCUUAUCCAAUUAAAGUGUUAUCUCUCCUUUGGGCUUAAAGAUUAAGUGUAAACUCUGCAGUGGGUUUCAGACAAAAAUCACAGGUGCCAUCUUCUCUGUGCAUUGGUUUCACCGCCGCUUCUCUGCGGGAUCUGUGACCAAAACAAAAAUCACAAUCCUAAAAAGGAGUGAUGGGCUCCUACAGCUCAAACCUGGAUGAUAUCUUGGAGGAGGACAUGCAUCACUGGUACACAAAGUUCAUGAGGGAAUCACCAUCAGGACUAAUCACUCUGUUUGAGCUGAAGACGAUGCUCGACAUGAACGGCAUGACGGAAGAGGCCAACGGUUAUGUGGACCAGGUGUUCUAUACCUUUGAUAUGGACGGGGAUGGCUAUUUAGACUUUGUGGAAUACAUCGCAGCUAUAAGUUUAUUGCUGAAGGGAGAAGUAAAUCAGAAAUUAAAGUGGUACUUCAAGCUUUUUGAUCAAGAUGGAAAUGGGAAAAUUGACAAGGAUGAGCUGGAAACUAUAUUUAAGGCUAUUCAAGAUAUCACCAGAAGUUACGAGAUACCUCCAGAGACAAUUGUGACUCUUAUAUACGAGAAAAUUGACGUCAAAGGAGAAGGUGAACUGACGCUGGAAGAGUUCAUCAGUGGAGCGAGGGAGCAUCCUGACAUCAUGGACAUGCUCACAAGAAUGAUGGAUCUCACACAAGUCUUGGAAAUCAUAGUCAAAGGUCAAAGGAGGAACGCCGUGAAUUGAGAUGUGAUUCCACAAGCUGGAUUUUUGCUGAGUUAUGCAUUGUAAAUAAUAA